UCUUUCUUCAGCUGCUUUCCCUUGAGUGGGCCUGAAUGAAGACAAAUGUAAAGAUGGCAUGUCCAAGGAAUUUUAAAAGGUGUAGACCUCCUGACUGAGCAGUGCUGUGUAUCUUAUUCUCUUUAAUUAGUAAACUGCUGUUCUCUCACAGGUGAAAGUCAUGAUCACGCUAACAGAACUCAAAUACUUAGCAGAUGCCCAGUCAUCCUACCACAUACUAAAACCAUGGUGGGAUGUCUUCUGGUAUUACCUCACCAUGAUAAUGCUGCUAGUUGCUGUGCUCGCUGGGGCUCUCCAGCUUACUCAAACCAGAGUAUUGUGUUGUCUUCCUUGCAAGCUAGAAUUUGACAAUCAUUGUGCCGUGCCUUGGGAUUUAGUUAAAGCCAAUCUUAACAUGUCGGCGAGCUCUACAGCACAGAUAAUCAUCCCGCUUAAAAUCCAGAAUGAUCUUCAUCGGCAGCAGUAUUCCUAUAUUGAUGCAGUAUGUUAUGAGAGACAGCUUCACUGGUUUGCCAAAUUUUUUCCAUACCUAGUGCUUCUGCACACCUUUAUUUUUGCAGCUUGCAGUAAUUUCUGGCUCUACUACCCUAGUACAAGUUCCAGGCUUGAGCACUUUGUAGCCAUUCUUCAGAAGUGCUUUGAUUCUCCAUGGACAACGCGUGCCCUCUCAGAAACAGUUGCCGAGCAGUCUGUGAGGAAGUUGCCAAUAGCCAAAUCAAAAGCAGUGAUUUCAUCACCUGGGAGUUCAGUAGAUUUAGGGGCCAGCAGACAGUCCCUGCCAUAUUCGCAACCUGGCUUGGAAACAACUGGAAGAGAAAAUUCCUCAAGUGUUCUUGACAAAAAAGAAGGGGAACAAGCUAAAGCUAUAUUUGAAAAAGUGAAGAAAUUCAGAGUACACGUUGAAGAGAAGGAUGUCAUAUAUACAGUGUAUAUGAAACAGAUUAUAGUGAAAGUCAUUGUAUUUGUAAUAAUAAUAAUUUAUGUCCCCUACUAUUUAUCAUUUAUUACACUUGAAAUUGAUUGUGUAGUGAAUGUUCAAGCCUUUACAGGCUACAAAAGGUACCAGUGUGUUUAUUCGCUAGCAGAAAUUUUUAAAGUUUUGGCUUCAUUUUAUGUUGUUUUAGUGAUCUUCUAUGGCUUAACUUGUACUUAUAGUUUGUGGUGGAUGUUAAGAAGUUCACUUAAGCAAUAUUCCUUUGAGAAGCUGAGAGAGAAAAGUAACUACAGUGACAUACCUGAUGUAAAGAAUGACUUUGCAUUUAUUCUCCACUUGGCAGAUCAGUAUGAUCCUCUUUAUUCCCAGCGAUUCUCAAUAUUCCUGUCUGAUUUGAGUGAAAACAAACUGAAACAGAUAAAUCUUAACAAUGAAUGGUCAGUGGAAAAACUGAAAAACAAACUAGUAAGAAAUUCCCAAGACAAGAUUGAGCUUCACCUUUUCAUGUUAAAUGGUCUUCCAGACAGUGUCUUUGAACUGACAGAAAUAGAAGUCCUCAGCCUGGAACUUAUUCCUGAAGCCAAACUUCCUUCAGCUGUGACCCAGCUAGUCAAUCUCAAAGAACUGAAUGUUUAUCAUUCAUCACUAACUAUGGAUUACCCAGCAGUCAGCUUUCUAGAAGAAAAUCUGAAAACAUUGCGCCUGAAAUCUAGUGAGAUGGGAAGAAUUCCGUUUUGGGUCUUUCAUCUAAAAAACCUACAGGAAUUGUGCUUAACAGGAUAUUUCAUGCUAGAUCAUCACAACUCCAUAUACAACGAAAGCUUUCAGGGGCUAAAAAAUCUGAGAUCAAUUCACUUAAAAAACAACCUUUCCCGUAUACCUCAAGUGGUUACAGAUCUUCUGCCUUCUUUACAACACUUGUCUAUCAAUAAUGAGGGAAAUAAACUGAUAGUGCUAAAUAACCUGAAGAAGCUGAUAAACCUGAGAACCUUGGAAUUAAUCUGCUGUGAUUUAGAGCGCAUUCCCCAUUCCAUUUUUACCCUAAACAAUUUGCAUGAAAUUGACUUAAAAGAAAAUAAUCUCAGAACAGUGGAAGAAAUAAUUAGUUUUCAACAUCUUAAGAACCUUUCUUGCUUAAAAUUGUGGCACAACAGUAUUUCAUAUGUCCCAGUGCAGAUUGGUGCGUUAUCAAACCUGGAACAAUUGUAUCUAAAUUAUAAUAAUAUCAAAAAUGUUCCAUUGCAGCUAUUUCUUUGUAAAAAAUUACACUAUUUGGAUCUUAGCUAUAAUAAGCUAACCUCCAUCCCUGAAGAAAUCGGUUAUCUGACCAAUCUGCAGUACUUGGCUUUGACAAAAAACCAUAUUGAAAUGCUGCCUGAUGGAUUAUUUCAGUGCAAAAAGCUGCAGUUUCUUCUUCUGGGAAAUAACAGUCUGAUGAAUUUGUCCCCUUGUGUGGGUCAGCUACUGAAUCUUGUUCAAUUAGAGCUCAUUGGAAACUAUCUGGAAUCACUUCCUGCUGAAGAAAGGUUGUUAAAAACACUUCCAUCUCGUGUACGAGAGCGUUUGCAGACAUGCUCAGAUAAGUGCUAAGUUUAAAAUGAAACUCUGCAUCAUUGCAUUCUAAAGCCUUUUGCUUAAUAUCUCUCUAAAGAUCUGUAUAGGUGAAGUGUAGGAGAGAUAACAGCUUACAAAUCAGUCUUAAACUUAAAUGCAUUGAACUGAGUUGAUUGUAUUGGAAAA